UCAAAUACCCAAAUCUCAAACAAAACUCAUGUUGUUUUAGUUUCUUCUCAAUUUUAUUAAAAAAAUAUUAAUCGUUCAACUAUGAUUAAGUCUUUGAGAGAAAAGUAAAAUAGUUAUAAGAUGUUCCAUCUGAGUUUUACAAGAAGGCAUCAUUAAUUGCUAGUGCAUACAACAUAUAUUGCUUAAACAAUGAAGCUAAGAUCAGUGAUAUUUUUUAUAUUUACGUCCUUCAACCUGCACUGGAUAAUUGCUGAAAAUGAAAAUUGUACGAGAAGUAGCAGCCGUUGUGACUAUAAGGCUAACGUGCGUAGAUUAUCGGAGACGCUUGCCAGUAAGUUUCGUGAAAUUGUAAUCCAAGAACUUGGAAGCGAACAUACAACUCACUUCGAGUUAAGGAAUGCGUUUAAGGUGAGCCGAUACCAAUACAGUGAUAGUAAUAUACUAGAUAGUAUAACUGAUAAGUUAAACUACAAGCUUUCCUCUGCUACUAAUAUUCUAGAGGAAAUGAAGAAUGAAAUGAACCAAAGCAACACUCCGUCCUUUACUCACCCUUGCCCUUUUAAUUCCAUACGUAAAUCUGUUUUUAUUAAGAAUACAAAUAUGUACAACUUGCCUUACAUGGAUACCAAAUCCAAAAUGCUGGAUAGAUUUAAAGACUUGAAAAUAAAGAGACAAUACUUUCUAUCUCAUAUAGAUUAUGCAACUGAUAAAGAUUGUACAACUGUACCACAUUCUAAUUUAAGAUAUUUGUAUCACAAGAUUAUACAUUCAAAUCCUAAACUAGUUGUUUUUAUUAUUGACAACAGUAUGUCGGCAGACUCUCUUCUGCAUGCAUUAGCUAUAACAAAGGAGACUGCAUAUGCUCUACAGAGUAUAGACAUGAUGUCUCUAAAGAUAACAAACAUGACAGACUUUUUCAAGUUUGAAGACUCUUGCAGUUAUGGUAUGUCCAAUUUAGGAAAUGCUACUGAGAAUAAUAAGCUCUUGUUGCGUGAAUAUCUUACUACUAUUGAUAUUGCAAACUCUAAUGUAUCACCGCUGACAAUAAACAUGGAAAUACAAAAGUUAUUGCUUGAGAAAAAGUUGCCAAAAGAUAAAUUAUUCAUAUUAUUAACUGACUUGAAAAUAUUAAAAAAUGAUACAUGGUUGAAAAUGUUUCCUUACGAAAAACAUGAGGAAGAUAUUAAAUUUGCUAUUGGAUUGAUAAAUGAAGGUGAUACUGAUAAAAAUGGAUCACUAGAAAUUUUACAUGUUGAUAAAGGACAUAAUCAUUCUAAAAAUAAUACCAUAAUGAGGCUACAUAUUAAUGACAGUGGAGUGAUUGGUCAAAUGGCAUCAGCUUUUAUAUCCUUACUGCCUAAUAAAUAUGAAAAUAUAAUUAAAAUGGAAGGCCCGGUUUGGGAAGCUACGGAGCGGGAUUUUAUGAUGUCGCUUGUUUAUCCAAUUUCAGCUGGUAUACUUGGCUUAGAUUUAUAUUGGUCUGAUCUUGCAGAAGAUAUUAUUUAUUUUAAAGGAACCAAUCAAUGGAAGAGAGCAUUCAUUAUGGAUUUUUCAGGUAGAGUUCUGAUGCAUACAUACUUUCCAAGGCCAGAAGCGGCUUCGGAAAAAAUUAAAUUUACUUAUUUAGAAUCAAUUGAACCAUACGAUUUUAUAUAUGAUGUUAAAAAACAUUUGUUAUUACAUAAAACAGGCAACAUUACAUAUCCUGAACAUAAUAGUACAAGGACGAUAACAUAUUCUUGGAAAUGGGUACAAAAUUUAUACAUUGUAUGUCUUGUUUCUGAAUCAAGAAAUAAUAUUUCGUUCAAUAAGUCAAACAUAUUUUUCACAAAAAGCAGUAAGGAAAUUUUAUUCCACAGGCUUGAUUUAUUUCCUCCAAAAUCAGGUACAAUAUGUCGCCAUUUUAAACAGAUAGCCACAAUUGACCAAGGUACUGUUUAUCUCAGUCCUUCAAGUUUUCAAUCUCCAUUUACAUAUCUUUAUGAUAUGGGUGAUGGUCAAGAAGCAGUGACCUAUAUGCAAAACUAUUUAGCUUAUUUAAAAAGUGUUGCACAUGGAUGGCUUUCUAAUCCAGGUCUUAAAAAUGAGAUACAACAAGAUGUAGGUUUCCUCAACUCCAUAUUAUCCUUUUUUAAAAGGCAACAUUUGCAUGGACCUUACUCAAAAUAUGUUGUAAGAAGAUACGCUGUAACUGAAAGUGGUGUUCUAGUUAUGUAUCCGGGAACUGUCUUAGAAUAUGAUUAUGAACCAGUUAGAAGACAAUGGUUUACUUUUGCAAUGGAAAAUCCUGGUAAGAUCAUUUUAACUCCACCAAAUCUAGAUGUAGGUGGAGCUGGAUAUGUCGUGACUAUAUCCUAUGCUAUAAAAAGUUUAGUGUAUCCAACUAUGGUUGUUUCUAUGGAUGUAACUAUGGGAUUUCUAUACAAACUUCUUAUUGAUAGCUUACCGCUAUGUGCCAUGUCUUAUGUUAAAUGUUUAAUAAUGAACAAUCGGGGAUAUUUAGUUUCACAUCCUGGUUUGAUGGAUCCUAAUAGCUCUGGUCCAAUAGAACAACAACAUAUAACUCAUAAGGAAUCUAUGAUUGCUAUUGAUUUAUUAAAUCAUAAAGGUUUUGUUACAAAACGACUGUGCAAUAAUUUCUUUGAUAAAACUAUACAGAGGUUUUAUGAUUUUAAUACUUCUUUGCCUCAUGUGCUCUCUAAUGUAGUCCCAGGUGAUCAUUGUAUUCAUUAUUAUAUAGCAACAAUACCUGGUACAAAUGCUUUCAUAGGUUUAGUUAAUGCAUCAUGUAAUGUAGGAGCAUUCUGUCCUUGUAGCAUGGUUGAUAGACUUUGUUUGAAUUGUAAUCGUAUGGAGCAAACUGAAUGUGAGUGUCCUUGCGAAUGUAGCUCUGAGGUCUACGAUUGUCCCGAUGCGAAUAUAACAAGAAUAAACCAAGACAUACCACUUUGUGGUUUAAUUCCUGAAAAUAAUAAUCAUAGAUCACAUUACUUCCACAAUUUUGCAGAAAAUUUAAAAUCUUGUUUCGAUUUUCAAUGUGAAACAUACCUCACACAUUCAAGUUGUUUAGGUGUUUUGGGUUGUGAAUGGUGUCAAGUGGAUGCUGAUGGCAGAACACCUUUGUCUUCACCAUUUUGUACAUCACAAUCCACAUGUUUUAAUGGAGUAUUAGGUGCAGUAACGCCAUACGGUGAGAGCACAUAUGGCCAUGCGAAUAGAGAAGCUUUAGGAAGUUACUCUGCGAUUGGCCCAAUAGCAGGUUGUAUUAUUACAGUUUGCUUAGUGAUAGCAGUCGCUAUAUAUUGUUAUAGACAAAAUGUGACAACUGCCAGUUGUCAUAAUUUAUAUGUGGAUGGGCCGGCAGAAACAUGGCACGAUGCAGAUGUGCAAAUGAGUCACUUGCAUUCUGAAGACAUGCACGACCAAUCGGGGCAGGAUAAAUUGUUACCAGCUAUGGAAAUUGAAGCACCUAUUUCACCGUACCGUGUUAUUACCGGGUACAGGCGGCCGCACACCGCUGGCGGUUCGGAUCACGGCUACUCAACUAUGACACCCCAUGAAGAUUCCGAAGCAACAGGAUUCUCAGUGAAUGAUCCUAUUAUUUUAUCAGACGAUACGAAAUCGGAUGUCAGUUGCCCGAUUCCAGCUAAAAUAAAAUCUAGAUUAAAACCUGAUUUUAUGACCGUAGUACCUUGCGGUAAAAAUAGUGUUAUAGCCCCAGUUACUGUUCAUAGACAUAUGGAAGCAUCAUAGUACUAAAUAUAAUUUAAUCUACCUCUUUUGUACAUAAUGCUGAUAAUCAAUGUUGAUUAUUGUGAUAUGUAUUUUUG